AUGGCUUCUGGCUCCGCCCUUUUUCUUGGACUUUUCAUGGUUCUCCAAUGGGGGCCCUUGGGGGUCAAGGGUCAGAACGACACAGAGCCAAUUGUAUUAGAGGGGAAGUGUCUGGUGGUGUGUGACUCCACCCCCUCCUCUGAGCCGUCCGGUAACGCUCUGGGCAUGUCCGUACGCUCCGGCACCGGACGAGUGGCGUUCUCGGCGAUCCGCAACACCAACCACGAACCUUCAGAGAUGAGCAACCGCACAAUGACCAUCUACUUCGACCAGAUUCUGGUGAACGUGGGCAGCCAUUUUGACCCGGCACGGAGCGUCUUUGUGGCUCCCAGAAAAGGCGUCUACAGUUUCUGCUUCCAUGUGGUCAAGGUCUAUAACCGUCAGACGAUACAGGUGAGCCUGGUACUUAACGGUUGGCCGGUCAUCUCGGCGUUCGCAGGUGACCAGGACGUGACCCGGGAGGCUGCUACCAAUGCCGGGCUGAUCACCAUGGAGAGAGGAGACAAGGCCUCUCUCAAGCUGGAGAGAGGAAAUCUGAUGGGGGGGUGGAAGUACUCCACCUUCUCCGGCUUCCUGGUGUUCCCCUUGUAGGGAGGGAGGGAGGGUGGGA